UCCUCCUCGCGGAGCCAACCCGCGGACACCGCACGGUGCCUCGACUCAUGCCCACGCCAACAGCAGGCUCGGCGUUUCCACAGGAACGGAAUAUCCCCGCACGUCCGCAGGAAAGCAACACCCCCGCGGCAGCGCCGAGCGGCGGCUGCGAGCCUUGCCCGGCUCGGUCCCCACGUGGCGCCGGAGCUGCGCGCCCGCGGCGGCCCCGCCGCUUCCUGCCCGUGCGGGGCGGGCCCAGCCUGCCCGGAGCUCCGCGGAGCGCGGGCCAUGGCGGGCCGGAACCCGGGCACCGAGCUGGAACUUGGCUGGAUCUCAAAAGUGUAUGUGAAUCGACCUGCAGUGGAGAGGCAUGCAGAACAAAUUAAAAAAUGGAAAACUCUGAAAGGUAAUUGGCAAGCAGCUUGGCUGCUGAAAGCUGUCACCUGCAUAGACCUCACCACUCUCUCAGGCGACGAUGCUCCUUCAAAUGUUCAAAGGCUGUGUUUUAAAGCAAAGCACCCUAUCAGAGAGGAUCUGCUCAAAGCCUUGGACAUGCAUGAUAAAGGUAUCACCGUUGGAGCAGUGUGUGUGUAUCCUGCAAGAGUCUCUGACGCAGUGAACACCCUCAAGGCUGCUGGUUGUAACAUACCAGUGGCUUCAGUGGCUGCUGGGUUUCCAUCUGGACAAACUCCUCUGGAGACCAAACUGGCUGAAAUAAGGCUGGCAGUGGAGUAUGGUGCCCGAGAGAUUGACAUUGUCAUUAGCAGGACUCUGGUGCUGGCAGGCCAGUGGGAAGGUCUGUACGAGGAGAUCCGUCUGUGCCGCGCAGCCUGCGGAGGAGCUCACAUGAAAACAAUCUUGGCUACGGGUGAGCUGGGCUCCCUUGCCAAUGUCUACAAAGCCAGUAUGAUAGCUAUGAUGGCAGGUUCUGAUUUUAUAAAGACAUCUACAGGAAAGGAGGUGGAAAACGCGACCUUUCCCGUUGGCAUAGUCAUGAUGCGAGCCAUUAAGGAGUACUACUGGCAAACUGGCUACAAGGUUGGAUUUAAACCUGCAGGGGGCAUUAGGACAGCCAAGGAAGCUAUCACUUGGCUCAUGCUGGUGAAGGAGGAGCUGGGAGUGGAGUGGCUGAUGCCGGAGCUCUUCCGCCUGGGUGCCAGUAGUUUACUGGGAGACAUUGAGCAACAGAUUUUCUAUCAUGUGACUGGCUCUUAUGCACUUCAGCAUGAACUGGCAAUGGCUUAGACACAAAACCAACUCAGGAUUACUUUUACAAAAGAGGUCUUUAAGCAAACAGCAUUCAGAAGUCUUCUGACAACCAAGUGCAUAUGAUAGAAUUAAAGGCCUAAUUCUCCCUUCUUCAUAGUUCAUGGUAUUUAAAAAUAUGUUCAAUUCUGCUGGCUGUACUUGAUCCAAAAGCAAAAAAAAGUGGCAUUUCUGAAAUAGUUAAAUAGUUAAUACAUACAGAUUUGCAAAGUUAAUCUUGCAAAGUUCCUCAGACCAGCCUGAGAAGCUUAUUAAUGGCAACACUGAAAUACUAUGAAAAAGAUUUAGGUGGCCUGGUAACACUUUGCAGUCUCAGAAUAUGAAAUAUCUGUGGAAUGCUUCAGAUUGCUAAUUAAGAGCUACUGAUCUUGGAAUAGAUUUCCAUUCACCUCAGACAAAAUCUCCUGGCACAGAUGUGUUGCACUAUUAAUUCUUCUGUUGAUUCAGUCUCAGGCAUUGUAACGGGAAAGAAGAAUGAAACUUGGCUAUUUCUUCUCUUUUAUCAAAUGUCUUCUGUUGGGAAAAAAAAAAAAAAGGCAACCAGACCUCUUUUUUUAUUUUUUCUAUUUUUCCCCCCAAACUUGGGCACAGACAUCCAUAUUUAGACCCUUGAAUAAAAGUGGCUUGAUUUCUAGAACAGCUGAGUAUCCACAGUUGCUCCUGAAGUUAAUGGGAGCUCUGGGUGAUCAGAACAACUGAAAAUCAAGCAGUCUCUAUAUAGGUGCCUAACUAUGCAUUCAGGGGCCUAUUUUUAGGCAUUUCACUCUUAAAAUUUUAGUCUAACUUACUUAGAAGCUCCAAUUCCUGUCUCCUGUCAUUUUAAAACACAUUCAUGCAAAUCUUUCCAUUUUAAUGUAAGGGGGUGACUGUCAGUUUGCAGGUGUCACUGCUAGGCUGGCUGAACUUCAACUUUGCCAUUCCAAAAGAAAUACUUGAAUGUAAAAGAUGAUCUGAAUUGUGUCCUAUAUGGGGUUUAAUGGUUUAAUGUAAAAAAAAUGUGCUUUUUUCAGAGCACAUUAAGAACAAUACCCAAAUCACCAACACCUUCUGAGUAUCAGACUGGAGCUAGUUGAUUCAUUUUAUCAGAACUGCAUUCUGCUCACUAACCAGAGUUGUACUAAAAACUUAAUUAUCUCACUGACUUAAGUAGGUCUCAUCAUGGAAGUAAGAGGAGGUGGAGGAUUUUGCUGUAAAUCAAGCUACAAGGUGCAUUUAUUACAAAGAGAUUUAUUAUAAAGAUAAUAACUCCGUUAUUUAUCUGGCUAUACCACCUGAAUCACUCGAGUGCUACAAAAAACCUUGGAGAGAUAGGAAAGCUGAUUAGGGAAAAAAAAUCAAGAAAAACAACAUAUACAGAAAGCAAAAUCCUAUAUGAAGCGCUCAGGAUUAAAAAUGGGCCUUAAUUUCUCAGGAAAUAGUUAAUCCAAGGUUUUCAGUCUUUUUCUGCUUUAGAUCUCAACACAGAAGGUGAGGCUGAGCUGUGACUGUUUUCACGCUUGUUUUCCUGAAAAUGGCCCAUUUUUACCAUGAGUUUUCCUUCUGAUUUCAUUGCCAGUUUUGCCAAGGAAAAAUGCAAGUGCCUGUCUGCAUAUGGAAGGGAAAAUUCUGCUUCUGAGCUUUCAGAAAUACAGAGCCUCUUACAAGAAGUCAGCUCCCACCAGGUUUUUGCCAGUCUGACCCUGUGCCGUGCCCUCCCAGCCUCCACACACUGGAUUUUGCUGCUGUUUAGCUCAAGCUCUAUAAAUACUAUUAAAUGUUAUAAAUGUCCAUACUUUCAUAGUGGGAAGUAAUGCCACUUGCAAACCACACUUUUUUUUUGUUGUCAGUUGUCUUUAGGACAAUUAAGGUGAUGAUAAAAACUGUUUUUUUUCGGCGAUGCUUGAGUUUGUAGGUGAAGGACUCUGUGUAGUACCUUAAAAUUAAUGGAGGUCCAACUUUGCCGCCUCACUGUGUAAGGUGAGUCUCUGAGAACGGCCUCACUGUCUCCAUGGGAGCUGUGCUGCUGAAAGAAGUUGCCAGGAGAAAUUCUGUCAACAGCUUAGGUGUGCACGUGGGCUGCUGGAUGUGACACCAGGGGUGACAGCUCUGUUUGCAGAGGGAGAGGUUCCUGGAGAGUUGAGGAUAGCCACUUCCCUUCUCCAUGAACAUUAAACACACCUGUGAAAUGCUGUGCAACUCCAAGCCAACCAGUGUUUUCAGAGAAGCUGGACUGGAAUGUAGUUAAUACAUUUUUUUUCUGUUGAAACCUUUUGUCAAAAAAAGAAAAAGAAGUAACAGAGUCUGUAAACACAUCCAAAUAAAGAUGGUUGUGGUUUGGA